AUGACGGUUGCCAUUCUCGCCGCUAUCGGAGUGGCAGACCUCUUCGGCCGCGCUUCCCAUGCGGUCCAGCAGCAACGGACAGCCAACGACCCAGUCCAGACCGUACACGACUGCUUCCGCUCCUGUGGCUACACGGCUGCAGAUGCCAUUGAGCGCGGUUGUCUGUUUGAGGAGUUUGAUAUGCGGUGGGAGCACCCCUCAUGUAUCGACCACGAGCUCGCCGCUGAGUACCGCCGUAUGGGACCCGAGCCGGACGGGUCGUGGACAUACAUGGUCGACGAUGAAACUGCCACCGAUGGUGUCCCCAUCAACGAGCUUCGCAGACGUCCCGUAAACGCGACGGAACUCAGCAUGCUUGUCUGGCCCGGGAAGGUCGUCUACGCCAAUAUGCGCCACCACUUGACGCACUGCAUCUUCCGUUGGCGCAAACAGUUCCGCGCGCCCUUCAAGGGCACAAGAUGGCCGAGCCAGCCUGGGUGGGAGGAGAACCACAUCAAGCAUUGCAUGGAUGUGAUCCUCAAUAAGAGGGAUGUGCCGCUGGAGAAGUUUAUAACUAGGGUUGUUUUCGAGUCGCCAUAG